UAAACAAACACAACAAGAAAGAUGCCUUUCCAGCAGGCAGGGGCCGCUGAGGUGCUCCGAGCGGCCCAGAAAGAUGAAAGUUUCCUCAAUCACCUGAAGGGCUGUCUCUCAGACAUUGUUCAAAGAUCAUUUGGAACGAGAGUGUGGCUUGACAUUCACAAAUAUGUUGAAGUGCUGUGUGAGUUAACGUAUUACAGCCUGACUACCCUAUCAUUGCGGCAAACGCUAGGGGAGGAGUACACAGGGGUCCUACAAGUAGGCAGAAACAGGCAAAGACUUCCAAAUGCUCCAGAAAGAAUCAUGAUGGUGGCCCUGCAGUGCUUUGGGCCAGAAGUGAUACGAAGGCUGAUAGGGAAGUUGGAAGACUCAUUAAGAGCUGGUCACCUGUCGACCUACCUGAGGCCAGAGCUAAAGAACUUCCUUCUGCUGCAGAUGCCAGCCAUUAGAUAUUCGAUGACCCUACUUCACCGCAUCCACCUGGCCAUUUUCUACUUCAGCGGAGCCUUUUAUCACAUUUCUAAAAGGAUGACAGGAGUGAAAUAUGUAUUAGUGCGAGAGUGGUUAGGUGACAACAGUGCCCGCAAGUCCUUCCGGAUCCUGAGUAUGGUGCUUCUCACACAUAUUUUCCUCACUACUGUGUACUCUGCUUACACCUUUCUCUUCACCAAGACUGCUCCUGAGAAUAAGCAGUCUUCUGCAAAUUGUUACGUAGAGAGCAAAGACCAGUGCUCCCUCUGCCUGGACAAGCGGCAACAUUCCUCUAUAACCCCCUGUGGUCACCUGUUCUGUUGGCAGUGCAUCCAGGAGUGCUUGCAAACCAGCCAACAGUGUCCUCUGUGCAGGCAUCCUGCAAAACCCUCACAGAUUGUUGCUCUGCUCAAUUAUGAUUGAAUGUACAUACAGAUGAAGAUGUAUUGUCAUUGUUAUGUUUUUAAAAAAAAUUAUUUAGUAGUUUUUAAAGAUAUGUAUGAAUAGAUCAUAUCUCUUGCAGGCUCUUAUAUGGAACUACCAAAGGUCACAAGUUCCUUUGUUUUUAUUACCAUUAUUGUUAUUAUUAUUAUUUUCAUGCUGACAUUUGUAAAUUACUGCACAAAAAGCAUACACAAAUUCCAUUGUAAUUGGUUUUCAUUUUGUACAGUACAUUUGGUUUUCUGUUAAUGUACAAUACCUGUCACUUGAAAGUUCACCUUUUAAAGUGUGAAUACCUCAAUUUGGAAAGCUAAUAUCCCCCCCCCCCCUUUCCUCAGGGCAAAUUGACUGCCCAGCAACUCUCCUACCUCUUUCCUUGCUUUUCAUUAAAAGGCAGUAAAUGAUUAAAGUUUGCGGUGGUCA